AAACCCUAAAUCCUAAUCACUAAACCCUAAACCCAAGUAUAGACUAUAAACCCAAAUAGAAUGGAACAAAAUACAUAGUAUAGUAUAAAUUGGUAAGCAAAAAAAAUACUUUUUUUUAAUCGUCAAAUAGAACAUACAUAAUACGGUCACUAAACCCAAACAUCAACCCCCACCUUCCAAAUACUAAACCCUAAAUCUUAAUCAUUAAACCUAAACCCAAGUAUAAACUCUAAACCCAAAUAGUAUAGAACAAAAUAAAUAGUAUAGCACAUAUAGUUGUAAACAAGAAAUUGAUAAAUAAUGAAUUUAUCAAACAAUCGAUGGUACAAUAAUACAACAACCGUAGCAUACUAUUUAGUUUGGUACUUGCGAAUUGUACAAAAAUAUAAGAAUCGUACUAUACUAUAAUUUUCUUUCACUACAUAUAGUAUAGUCGACGAAUUCAUCUUCUUCACAUCUUCCUCUUUUUACAGACAUGGUGAUACACACAUUCACUAGUCCAGAGUAAUUAUUCUUCAUCAUACCAUAUCAAUACAGCAUACUAUAACAAUUUAAAUAACAAUGAAAAAAAUCAAGAUGAACAACAUUGAAAAAAACUAAAAAAAAAAGAAAUUGUGAUGUCACCUCGUUGUUGUCUACGGUGCCAUCUUCUCCUCCAAACUCAAUUCCACAAGCUCAAAAUCCAUAUUAUUUCUUAAUCUAGUGGUUUGUGUUCGUAUGUAUAAAAAAACAGAGAUUGGAGGAGAAGAGGAAGAAGAAGAGAAAGAGAUGUGGAAGAAUGAUAACCACAAUUUAUUAAAUUAUUUAUUUAAUAUUUCUUUUGAUAAAUAACUCUCAGCCGGUCACACAGGUUGAAUUGAAGGGUAAUAUAGCAUUAUUACAUAAAAUACAUGUACUGUAGAUGAAAGUUAGGGGUUUUAGUUAUGUAAUGAAUUAUAAUUUGUUUGAAGGUUAUACAGCCAAAUUUCUCUAUAAUAUAAGAAGUGUUUUUUUUUUGAACACAAUAAGAAGUGUUUUUUUAUUUAUCAAUUAAUAGAAAAGGCAUACAAGAAUAUCUAUGAUGAUGUAUACGGAUAAUUUCCAGAGUAUCUAGCUAUGAUUAUCUAAAUAUAUUUGCAUGUCUUCAGGGCUACACCCUUAAUUUAUAAGGUCAUGCGCUGCGUCUCAGCUUUUUCGGCUAUCCUUUUUCCUCUUCUGAGCAGCUAUCAUGGCAACGAUCACAAAUAUAUCAACCUCCUUCUACAAAUAUCAUCAUGAUCAUUCCUCCUCAAAAACUCUUAUACCAGUUUCGAAACUAGCUCUUUCUUUUGCCAUUAAUCCUCGAAAACCCUCCUACAUCCAUUGCCGUAGCAAACACGGUUCUCUCUUCUGCUCUGCAGUUCUCAACUCACCUCCUGAAGACCUCUCCCGCAGGGGCUCUGAUAUCCUCGUUGAGUCCCUUGAACGUCAAGGCGUUGAAACCGUCUUCGCAUACCAUGGAUCCGUAUCCACGCAAGGCGUUGAAGCAGCCUACGCAUACCAUGGAGACCUCUCCCGUGGAUCCACGGAGCUCUACCGCGCGCUCAAGCGCUCCUCCGUGAUCCGUCACAUCCUUUCUCACAACGUAAAAAGUCCUCUUUUUGCAGCUGAGGGCUACGCUCGGUCCUCUGGAAAACCUGGAAUCUGUAUUAUAGCCGCCUCCGACCGCCGCGGAGGGGACUAUCUCGCUAGCUGUCUAUCUGACACUUGCGUCCCUCUUGUGGCCAUAACCAGCCAAUACAUUAAUAACGAUGCCUCAAUGCGUUUGAUGACAAAACAUAUAUUUCAAGUGAUGAAUGCAGAGGAUAUCCCCAAGAUCAUCGAGGAAGCCUUCUUUCUAGCUACUUCCGGUCGUCCCGGGCUUGUUUUGAUUAAUCUUCCAGAGGAUAUUCAGAAAUGUUAUGCUGUUCCCAGCUGGGAAUCUUACUGGGAGCAGAUUGUUAGCUUGAUAAAGGAAUGUAAGAAACCUAUGUUGUAUGUUGGAGGUGGCUGUCUGAACUCCAUCGAUGAACUGAAUAGAUUUGUCCAACUUACGGGAAUCCCCGUCACGAGUGCAAUAAUGGGACUUGGAUCUUACCCUUCCAACGAUGAUUUUUCGUUACAAACAUUUGGUAUGCAAAGGACAGUGUAUGCAAAUCACGCUUUAAAAGAAUGCGAUCUUUUGCUAGUUUUUGGGGUUGGUUCCGACGAGCCUUUACCUAGCAAGGCUAAAACAGUUCAUAUCGACGUCGACGCAUCAGGAGAUUCUGAGAGACCUCUUGUACCAGUGCGCGUAGAUGUUAAGUUGGCUUUUCAAGAGAUGAACAAGAUUCUUGAGGAACGAGCCGAUAAGCUCAAGCUUGAUUUUAAACUCUGGAGGAUUGAGUUGAAAGAGUAUAAGCAAAACACACCGUUGAGUUUCAAACCACCUAAAGAGGCCAUCCCUCCACAGUUUGUGAUUCAAGUCCUUAACGAGCUAACCGAUGGUAACGCCUUUAUAACUACUGGUACCGGGCAACAUCAUAUGUGGGCGGCGCAGUUUUACAAGUGUAAGAAGCCCAUGCACUGGCUAGCAUCAAGAGGCUUCGAAGCAAUGGGGUUUGGACUCUCCGCUGCCAUUGGAGCGUCUGUUGCAAACCCUGAUGAGGUUGUUGUGUACAUUGACGGAGACAGGAGCUUCCUAAAGAAUGCGCCGUACUUGCCUACUAUCGUGACAGAGAAUCUUAAUGUGAAGAUACUUAUACUAGACAACGAGUACAUUGGUGUCUCCUCCCUGGAGGGAGAUAUGUGUUACAAGAAAUCUUUUCUCGGUGAUAAGGCGACAACAAUACUACCCGAUAUGCUCAAGGUUGCAGAAAUUUGUAAGAUUCCAGGGAGGAGAGUGUCGAGGAGAGAAGAAGUACGAGGGGCUAUACAGACCAUGCUCGACACACCUGGUCCAUAUGUGUUGGAUGUGAUAGUUCCGGAUGAGAGGGAAAUUUUUUAGGAUGAAAUACUAAAGCGAUCGAUUAGGGUGGUGAUUAUCUAACUUUGUGACCUUAUAAAUAUAUAUAUAUAUGCAAAUGCAAACUUUAGUGCUAUUCUAGAUUUUUAGUAAAAAUUUAUGUGUUGAACUGCUACUUGGCCUUAAAUGGUUUACUAAAUUCGCACUUGUUCGGUUGCUUCUCUCAAUUUCCGGCUUAUCAUAACAUCUCGGUUUGUGGUAUAUGAUUUUAUAUGUUAGAGAUAUUAAAGAGAAUUGAUUUGAUUACGGAUGUUAUCAAACUGCAUUUAUCUUUUGAAUUCAAAAAAAAAGUUUUAAGUUUGAAAGUGUUUGAGCUAAAGUA